CACGGCCCUCGUCCUCUCUCUCCCUCUCCCUCCCGAUCUCUCUCUCUCUCUCUCUGCCCGCUUUCGAAUUUAUUUUUAGGGUUAAUCGCGCGGGAUUUCUUGCUGUUGCUUCUCGUUCUCUUGAUCGGAGCUUCCGGAAGCUCUGCCUUCCACCGUGCUUCUUGCUUUGUCCUCGUCGAUUCUUCUCGUUUUGAAACCCUAGAUCUUGCCUUGUUCCGUUGGAUUCCUUCUUUUUUUUUCCUGGGCUGAUGCGGCCGGGGUCUUUGAAGAAAGCUAUUUCGAAUCGCAGUGACCGUCUUCGAGCGCGCCUGCCGCUGCGGCAAUUCUCAGUGGCUCCACUCGGCGUGUGUUGGUUCAAAUGCUACUGAAAUCUAGGGUUUUCGACAGCGUCAUCCUUCGGAAUCCAUUUCUGAAGCCAUUGGUUCUGGACUUGAUAAUAUGAUUGAUUGAACAUGAGCGAUGGUGGCAAGGAGAGUGAAAGGGAUCAUGAGAGCAGGUCAAAGAAGGAUCAGCCACCAGCGGGAUGUGACGAGUUUGGUCGCGCUGUCGCCAAGGUUGCCGUAGCACAGAUUUGUGAGUCGGUUGGUCUCGAAGGAUGUAAUCUCUCAGCUAUUGAUGCUUUCUCUGAGGUUGUCGUCCGGUACAUCUAUGAUUUGGGGAAAAGUGCGAGGUCUUAUGCUAAUUUAGCUGGGAGAGCAGACUGCAAUGUAUUCGACGUCAUUCAGAGCUUAGAGGAUUUGAGUGCACCGUUGGGUUUUUCUGGGGCAUCAGAUAUUCAUCAUUGCCUUGUUGGUUCCAGUGUUGCUCGAGAGAUCACCCAGUACGUCAACACAGUGGAUGAAGUUCCAUUUGCUAAGCCCAUUCCCAAAUUUCCUAUUUCGCGGUUACCAAAGUCUUCACCUAGCUUUGCUCAGGCCGGGUUAGAGCCAGCGGGAAAGCACAUACCAGAUUGGCUUCCAAGGUUCCCUGAUCCUCAUACGUAUGUCCAUACGCCAGUUUGGAACAAAAGGGCCACUGAUGCAAAAGCAGACAAGAUUGAACAAGCAAGGCAGCGGAGGAAGGCCGAGAGGUCAUUGUUAGGGUUACAGCAACGACUUGCUUCCAAUGCUGCAGCUGGGUUUCAACCUAUCAAUGAUGAUGAUACCGGGAAGGGGAAACAGGUGGUUGCUAGCACUAGCAAUCCUUUUCUGGCUCCACCUUUGACAUUCACUGAGAAGGAAGUAUCUGAAGUUGUUAUUCCAUGCGAAAUGGAUGAAGGCAAGAAGUUGUUGGAUGAAGGCAAGAAGUUGUCUGAUGAAGGCAAGAAGUUGUCAGAUGAAGACAAGAAGUUGACGGCCGUUGAGACUUUUGCUCCCAUCAUUGAGGCAGUGAAGUCCGGCUCUCUUGACUUGGAUUUGAGUGAGAAGAAACCAUUACUUACAAGCAGACCUACUGUGCAUUUUAAGAUUGGAGUUGACAAGAAGUCUAUAGCAUCGUCAUUAAUUGCUAUGAAUCCUAGAAAGGAUGUGUGGCCUUUCAGGGAUGAAGAAAAGGAUGACAAAAAGAAGAGAGCAGAAAUGAUACUUAGAGAAGCUAUGGAGAAGCCACAUGACCUUGCUCAGCUUUAAAGUACAUUUAGACAAGGCUUGUGGUGCAGAAAUGUAAACAGAAUUUCUUGGCAAUUCAAAUUCGGUGGAAAUUUGAACAUUUUUUUUUUGUUCGAGUGGGUCAAAUUGGUUCAGAAAUCUUAGGUAUGUAGACUGUAGGUUCUUUUCAUUCACUCUAUCACAUUUUUGUUUCUCCUUCUGGGAGUUGAGAGAAAAAGGUUUACUACGAUGUGAAAUGACUUCAGUCAUUUUCUGUUUGGUUCAAUCUAAUUGAUGUCUGAUUUGACUAUCAAAGCAUAUAUGACCCAGUUGGUUUAAAGAAAAUCAAGCUUUAUAGUUUAAUACUUUUAGUCUUAA